UCUCCUCGAUAUAGUGAAACUGGCUCUCUCUCGCCCGUGGACUAGCUAACACACAUCGUGUUAGUGAACCACGUAAAUCGUGUGUCUGUGUUUUUUUUAUUCUCGCUUUCGUAUUCUUGCUUUAUCGAUUCCGGCGAUUUUCCGAUCCGUAGCAGCGCGUUUAUAACAAGCACGUACCUAAAACCAUAUGUUCCAGAUACAUAUAUCUUGCAGUGAUCGUGGUUGGCGUGUCAACAAAUGUGUCAUUCGUCUCUGGUUUAUGAUAGUAUAAACGAAACGCUUGUUCGACAUUCUCUUGAGCAUGAGAUAGCGAAUCUCUGUCAUGAGGGCUACUCAAGCACGAAAAAAUCAACGAGAAAGGAUCUCCUAUGUGUCUACACCGAUUGAUCAAUGUCCAAAGAGGAUGCACUCGGCCUUCCUUUUGGCCAAUGUCUAGUAUAUACUCAUAUAAAAGAGGAAAUAGAUAUUAUGAGUCCUAAAAAAUGAAAUCCCUUAUAAUAGAAGUGACUCAAAAAGAAGUCAGAACGGAGUAUUACAACUAAAAAUCAAAACGAUGUGCACGCAACCAUCCUUUUGGCGUUAAUAUGUAGUUAUUGAACAACUACACAUUUACGGCAAAAGCAGGAACUUGAUAAAAACUUUGGUUAAGAGACUGAUUUUAUGCAUAUGAUUAUGGUCGCUCAUUAUCAUGAUUUGUGACGAAAAACUCCAAACAUCUUUCAAAUGUCUUUUGUUAAUUAGAGAGGAACAAAUGAAGGGUAAAACGGUCAAUCCAAACUUAUGACGUCAGUAGGACAGCAACCCGCACUAGCAAGAAAACAACUAACCAAUUGUCCAAUUCCCCAUCUCACAGUGGCAUAUCGUCGUAAUUUCAUCUCAACUCCAGCCCCUUUUCCAAAACCUAACCUCCCCCACCUUUCCAAAUUAAAAUUUUAAUUUCAAUUUCAUUUUUCGUUUUAAUUUGGGGGGUCUGCGUUUGUCGUCUCCUGCUUUUAUCGUUUGUGGCGCACUUUAACUUAAAGUAAAAAAAAUUAAAAAAUCACUUCCCUCUCUCUCUCUCUCUCUCUCACUAUCUCUGCAUCAAAAGGAGAAAGACAGAAUAUUUAGCAUUUAGCAGCAAGAGAGAGCUCUCAAGCUGAGCGAAAGAGAGAAAGAAAGACAGCGAAACAAACCAAAAUCCUGAAAUCCCCCCAUCCUUUUCUUCUGCUUCCACCCCUCAAACUUCCUCACUAGCCAAUUUCACCGAGAGUGAAAAAUGGAGCAGAUUAAGGCCACCUUCAAGCAGGAAGCUUGUGGGAUAAUUUAGGGCUGGCUCUGUUUUUCAGCUCGAGUGUCCAGCAUCCCCUUUUCCGAAGGCGAUUCUGAGCUUUCUGGGUUGUGUUUUUGUUCGGGUUUCUAGUUCUUCUUCCAUUUUCUGAUGGGUUGCCUGAGAAAGAUCGUACGGAACUUGGAUCCAGAGAGGAAAAGGAGCGGUGGGCUCAGGACUAAGCAGGCGGGAAGAGGGUCGUGUCGUGGUAGUUAGCAGCGAGGAAGAAGAAGAGAAGCAAGUGGGAAUGCUGAAAGUUCGUCUCUUUUUAUUCUGGCAAAGUAAAUUAUUCACUCUAGUUGCUGGUGGUGUAGUCCGAUUUAGAGGUUGAUAGCUGCUCUGUUUUUUUGGGAAGAAACUAAUUCUGGUAGUUGUAUUGAGCUGCCAUGGGUGUUCUGUUGAGAGAAGUCUUGAGGCUGCUCUGCGGCGUCAAUCACUGGUCUUAUGCUGUGUUUUGGAAGAUUGGCUACCAGAAUCCUAAGUUGUUAAUAUGGGAAGAUUCGUACCAUGACUCUGUAUCGUCAAACAAGCCUGUCUCUUCCUUUGGAGAAUGGGAAGGUUUUUGUGGUACUGAUGCUCAAUCCUCAAUGCUUGGGCUUCAAACUGGUGGUAGUGGUGUGCAUUUUCUUGUAAACAAGAUGAUGAUGGGUAAUCAGGUUAUCAUAGUGGGAGAAGGAAUUGUGGGUCGAGCUGCAUUUACGGGCAACCAUGAUUGGAUUCUUGCCAACAAUUACACAGGACACUCUCAUCCUCCGGAGGUUGUUAAUGAGAUACGCCACCAGUUUUCUGCUGGAAUGCAGACUAUAGCAGUUAUUCCUAUUUGUCCUCAUGGCGUGGUGCAGCUUGGUUCCUCCUUAUCUAUUUCAGAAAACUCGGGAUUUGUGAAUAGUGUUAAGAGUUUGAUCCUGCGACUAGGAUGCGUACCUGGAGCACUUCUGUCUGAUAACCAUGAAGAAAAGGACUUGACUGGAAGAAUUGGGACACCUAUUCCUUUCGGACAGCCUAUUUCCCCACAUUUGUCGAAGGUCCCAACUCCCACUUCUUUGCCGAGUGAAACUUUGAAAAUGCAAAGUUUCUCGUCAUCGCAAUCUUCAAAAGUUCCCUCUCAUCCCCAACUUGGACAAUGCCAGGAUAAUCUAAAGUAUCCUGCUGCUUCCAUAAUUUGUGGUCCAAAUCUAACUGACGGAGUAGCUCAAGUGAUUCCCCCAACUCCUGAACCGUUGUUAAACCACCACCGUGCAGCAAAUUUCAGUUCCAUGACUGGAUUUCAUCAUCUUACUACUGGUCGUUCUGAUACCAGCAACCCUGUGUUACCAUUACCGGCACAGCAGAUAGUGCUAGAAUCUGGUGGCCCAUCUCAUUUUGGCAAUACCAAGAAUCCAUCUGACAGCUUUUCUUUGAUGAGAAGAAAGGGGAAUGAAAAUCUUAAUUCUAGUGGAGUACCUGGGAAGGUACACACUUCAACUCCUUGUUUGUCCAUCAAUUCAUCAAAUGUGGGGAGACUUGCUUCAACAACACUGGUGGAUCAACUAAGUAAUGGUGACAGUGGUAUGCUUGGCGAUGAUUCUGAUUGCAGAUUCAACCCUGCCACGAAUUUUAAUCAUGGUGGCAUUACAUCACAAGCAACAAUGCAGAAGAAGAUGGAUAGUGAUCUGUUUCAAGCUUUGAACCUGCAGUCAAUCCAACUAACUGGGCAUCAAAGUGGAAGUCAAAAUACAAUAACAGUGAACAAUGAGUUCACCAAUCUAUGUGCUGCUCAGCGUACGUCUGGAGAUGACUUGUACGAUAUCUUGGGGGUGGAUUUCCGGAAUAAGCUAUUGGGUGGCGAGUGGAACAAUGUGAUCACAGAUGUGCCUCAUCAAAAGUCUGAAACUUUGGUUGAAGAUAAGAGAAGUUCUGAUUUCUACAGCACUACCUUACCUGCAAGGGGUACUAGUGAUCAUCUUUUGGAAGCUGUGGUAUCUAGGCCUCACUCUAGUGCAAAGCAGAACUCUGGUGAUAGCAAUUCCAGUAGAACGACCGUGACAAAGGCAAGCAGUCCUUCUGUUCCUAGUGGGCCUCGUAUGUAUGGCCCGGUUAGUGUGCCUGAUUCGGUGAAAACGGAGACUUUUGACAUUCCUGGAAGAGGUAGAACAUCAAUGGAUGACAUGAUAAGUUGUUCUCAGACGACUUCAGUUUAUGGAUCUCAGCUGAGUUCACUUGGUAGCCAUAGUGGGAGGCGGGACAAUAGUGUAUCAACAACUGGAUUUUCGAAGAAGAAUGAGGAAUCAAGCAACAAAGCUAACCGUAAGCGGCUGAAGCCUGGAGAAAAUCCUAGGCCUAGGCCCAAAGAUCGCCAAAUGAUUCAAGAUCGCGUGAAGGAGUUGCGGGACAUUGUACCAAAUGGAGCCAAGUGUAGCAUUGAUGCUCUUCUUGAACGCACCAUUAAGCAUAUGCUUUUCCUGCAAAGUGUUACUAAACAUGCCGACAAGCUCAAGCAAACUGCGGAGUCAAAGUUCAUUAAAAAAGAUGGCGGAAUACACUUAAAGGAUAAUUUUGAGGGAGGGGCAACAUGGGCAUUUGAAGUUGGGUCACAGUCUAUGGUGUGUCCUAUUGUCGUCGAGGAUUUGAAUCCGCCUCGUCAGAUGCUUAUCGAGAUGCUUUGUGAAGAACGAGGUUUCUUUCUGGAAAUAGCUGAAAUGAUUAGAGGAAUGGGGUUGACAAUUUUGAAAGGCAUCAUGGAGGCUCGCAAUGAUAAGAUAUGGGCUCACUUUGUGGUGGAGGCAAACAGGGAUGUAACGAGGAUGGAAAUCUUCGUGUCACUAGUUCAUCAUCUGCAACAAACCAUAAAGCUAAGCAGCACACCAUCAGCAAAUGCCGUGGAGAACAGCAGCGAUUUAAUGGCGCAGCAGCACGGUUUCGCUCAGGCUGCUGCUUCCAUCCCUGCAACCGGUGGGCUCAUUAAUUUACAGUGAAGAAACUGGGAAAUUGUUAAGAGCAAGCGUUGGUCUUCGCUUGCCGUGACUAGCAGGACUUCCGGUCUAAAUCUCUCUCGCUCUCUAUCGGCGGCUCGUACAUUUUGCUUGCUAACCUUCAUUGCAGAUGCCAAUCGCGCGAUCAAAACUGCUGUGGCUGAUUGAUGACUCGAUCCUAUUAGCGGAGGACGAUGAUUUGUGACAAUGUAGGCGUGAAAGGAUGUAGAAUUUUGGUUUAGAUUGAUUGAUUUUCAUGGUUAAUCCUUUUGUAAGCUGGUUUUGUUGGUAAGUGUGAGAUAUGUAUAUGAGGGGAACAUAGGGUGGUGGUGGGCGGUUUAAUGAAGGCGAGUCUUGUUUGGCAGGGACUUUUGCCCUCUUUCUGUUCUGUUGGUUUUUCUUGUAAGUUCUGUUGGUUUUUCUGCAGGUUGACAGUAAUGACUAAACACUUGCCAUGAGUGAUCGAGCAAGGUGAUAAGUGACUUGUUACAGAGCUGUCGAUUAAACACUCAGUAUCGAAAUCACGCAAGGUGAUAAGAGCAUAUAUCGAGGGAGAAGGGUCCAACCUCUUGCCUCAUGAGUCAAGAUUACAGAAUUAGAUUAUUGACCACCAUGCAAGUUGCAACAUGUUUCUUUUUGUGGGUGAGAUCAUUUUUCUCAAGAAACAAAUAAUCCUCUUGUCUGCGGUUGACAUUCACAUGACACAUGGGACCAAAAACCGAACCAUAAUAUACUUGGUUUGGUAUGGUCUGAUCUAAGCUAAGCGUCGAUUUGGUGUGGUCCAAUACGGACCAACCUGUUGCACAACCCUACUUAGGAGACAACUACAUAUUUGGGGUUACCAUUAUAACUGACGAGCCAUCAUCUUUUGUACCGAGUAGUUGAUUAUCAUCUCGUUAUGUGUGAUCGUACAAAGCGGCAAAAGAAUGGUCGUAGAGUGAUAAGCUCGAUCUAUUUCCGAAGAAAAAGUGAACCUUAAGUCGAAGAGGAAAUGUUAAUGGGACUAGCUAGUAGAUCGAGCAUCGGAUGCCAUUAGUUCAUUCCCAAUUCACCAGCUAUAUAUACAUCUAACAUCUUCAAGAACUGGAAAUGCCCGACAAUAUGCGCAUCCCAGCUGCUUCAAUUCUUAGCGGUCUGCAUUCCAUCAAAACUGCCGUAUUUGGUAACAACUGAUCUCCCCCUCACAUGCUGUAUAUAAACCAUAUAUAUGUAGUUUCGUGGAUAUGACUCGAUUCCUAGAACAUUAAGGCAUGCAACAGAAAAAGCAACAUCUUUUCUCGUCUUUCCCUUCGACAGUCUUAUCAUAUGUUGUUUGUUGCUGCAGAGAAUCAUAUUCCAGAUUGCAUGAUCAAAACCCCCAGAAUUCACAAUCACGUAUGCUAUCAGCUAGCUAGCUCUCUUCCAUCGUCUUAAACUACUCCCACACCCACCACUGAAAUCUACGUAAUGGAUCUUAUACCAUUUACUAACAGUUGCGACGACGCUGCUCUCUACUCGAUUGCAUUAUGUGCAGAGAAAUCUGGAAAAAGCAGAGGAUGGCGUUUCCCGACAAUGUCAGAAACAGGGGAAAGGAUCGUAGGAAGCCCCGAAAACUAGAUCAACCGGGCUAAUAUAUAUCCAUGAAAGGACGUGCAUGGACGGACGAGAAUGAAACUGAGACUUCAAUUUGCUGGACGAAUCAUAUCUUCGUGCAUAUGGCCUUUAAUUUGUUCCCUCUGUUUCACCUUUCACUUUUCCUGCCUAAGAAUCAAAUAAACUUGCAAGAUGGAAUAAGAAGAAACCAAAACACUAUAUUCAUGCAGUCAGGGGAACUCUAGGUUGUCGUGCUAACUUAAGUUUAUAUGCAAGGAAGUUAUUAGGAUCUAUAUGGUUCUUUCCCAAAAAUUUGAGUUGGUGGGAUGGAUCGUUUCUUUACAUGUAACUAGUUUUUUGACCCGCGCUUCGCAGCGGUAAGAAACUAAUUAUAUUUAA